GUCUCGUUACGCGCAUGCGCAGCAAGCCAGGGCUCGCGUUGCUAGGGCGGUAGCGGCCCUUAGUGACUUGGCGUGUCUGUUUGCCGUCGCCGCGUCCUCAAGUUGGAGGGGCCUCGGAAGGAUGGUUGCCACCCCUCAGGUAAUCAUGCAGGGAGAACUUCGAAAUAUAAUAAUCUUCAAUGCUUCCAAAAAAGAGAUGUUUACCAUGAACAAUGGUUAUAGAAUUCUACAGAAAAAACUACGCAGUAACUGGAAAAUACAGAGCUUAAAAGAUGAAAUAACAUCUGAGAAACUGGCUGGGGUAAAACUGUGGAUUACAGCAGGACCCAGGGAAAAGUUCACGGCUGCUGAA